CCGGUGUGUAUGUAUGCGUCAUACCAUCGUGGUGAAAAUGGCCGGCGGGUAAUUGACGGCGGGACGGCGUUGAUAAAUGGUCGCGGCGUAGAGGAACCUGCCAGAAUCAGCUUGUCCGAGAACAAAUCAGUUUUCGCGUGAUCUCUAUUUGUUGUAUACCCUGGUAAUCUGCGACGGAGUGUUGCUGUUGUGUGCUGGAUCACAGUGAUGGAACGCUGCGUGGGGCUAUUGUUGCUGGGGUGGAUGGUGGGCGCCGGGAUGGCGGCCGUGCUCAGCUUCCCGCCGCAGAACGCCGACCAGGUCAAUGAUGUCAAGUUGGCGAUGAACCGUGAUACGCGCUAUGAUAAGUGGAUGGAUCCCGCGCAUGUGCUCUAUCGUUUCGACGAGAAGGCCUACUCAUCGGAAGAGAAGUCGUUAAUUCUGAAAGCCAUGGAGCGAAUAAGCAACGACAUGAGCCAGUGUAUCGCUUUCAAGGAGUACAACGCGGACAGCGACGCCGGUCUGGACAACAUCUACAUCUCCAAGACCUUGAACGACGGAUCAGUGCCGCCGACAUGCUUCAGCUUCUACGGGCGCGUGCUCCGCGCCGCUGGUCAAGGCCAGAAGAUGGCCAUUCAUAAUGGGCCCAACGGCUGCAUGGAGGCGCAGCGUGACGUUAUGAAGAUCCUCGUCAAUGUUCUCGGUCUGCGCAACGAAUACAAUCGGCCCGAUCGCGAUCUCCAUAUUAAAGUCUUUCCUGAGAAUCUGCAACCCGAACUGCGUAAUUCAAACCUCCUAACGGCCUACAAUGCCUCGCAAGUGGACACGGUGGACCGACCGUUUGAUUAUCAUUCAGUGACCAUUCCAAAUUUCAAUAAAUACGGCAUCGUUAACAGCACAGUUUUUGAGCUGCCUGCGAAUACGACCUUUCCCCAAUUGGACCGGCUCAGUCUGGAUGACUGUAUGGGAUUGGCCUGGAUGUACGGAUGUGAUGCCAAGAAAUGCGUUGAUCCAUACAACGCGCCGCCUCCAUCACUGAAGACUAUAGAAGUAAAUAUCAUUCCCACCGACAACAAAAUCCUCAUUGAACUGCAGCCAAACGCCACCGAAGUCCCGGCCACUUCCGCCGCCACCGAAAUCAUUACCACGGUCAUUGCCACCGAAGCCACAACACACGCGGCCGAGACCACCGUAGCGAUACUUAACGAAACAACAGCCUUGGCAACGGAAGCCACCACUACCAUUGCAGCCAUUACUGAAAACAUCACCGCCUCCGUGGCACUGGUAACAACAGAAGCGGCAACCGUACAAUCGGUCAACGAAACCAGCGCGACGCUUUUGUUAACCCUCGCUACGGUGGCGCCCCUGAACGUGACCUUAGCCGAUGUCAUCAUCCCGCGCAAGGGUGGACUGGAAGAACUGAAUGUCACCGAGGGGCCGAUGGUCAUCCAGACGGUAGCAACCGCGGCACCAAACGAAGCAACUACCCAGCAUGUCGAAGAGACGACGAGCUCUAUCCAACUGAAAUUGGUGUUUGUUGUCAACCAGACGGAUAAUGCCACCCUCAGCAAUGUGUCACAAGUCGCCGCUGUUGAAAAUAUCACAACCGUUGCGCCCACGGUGGCCGCCCAAACGACAGCGAGCGAAGCGACGACCGUCAUUGCGACAACCGUCACGGAGAUCGUCACAACCACUCACUCCGUGGAAAACUCAACGCUAGCCGCUAUCGUCAGUAUCGACGGGAUCAUUGUUGGCCAACCAGUAGUGCAGGAUAGCAUGCAGCCCAAGGAUGGUCUUAAUGCGACGACAUCCGCGCCCGCUGUGCUGGAUCACAGCGUGAGCGAAGCAAGCAUGCUCAACGCCACAACGGCGGUCAACAUCACAAUGGCGGAUAACAAGAGCAUGACGGAUAUGGAUAUGAUGUUGAUAGGUGAACGCAGUCUCUAAUGACCAUGUUGAGCCGAUGGGGUUGAAAACAACCAUCAUCUGGUAUGAUGGAAGUUUUCGGAUGAAAUGUGUAUUUUUUACUUUGUUUCUCUUCGGUUUUAUGUUACUCUUAUGGAUAGCUCACUCCACUAAUCAAUAAAUAAGUGCCGG